AUGGCAAGGCCUACUGGCCACGAGCGACGGGAUUCCAGUAUACAAAGCUGCCCAACAGGACAGUCUGUAGACCCCCAAAAAAUAUGCAAGAUACCGGUAUAUGGUCUCAGGACUCCGGAUGGGCCGAAAGGCUCCCUUCCACCGGAAGAAGACAAUGUUCCCAGAAUCAUACGAUAUGAUGCGAGGAAGGGCAGACUAUUAAGCAGUGAGAUCAGCGCAUACAAGGUGCGAUCAACGUUUCGACGGCAUUUCCUGCCGUCUGGAAAACGGGAUAUGUGGGAGUCUGGUACACGAUAUUGCUGGUGCGAGGUAGUGUUGGCGCAGUUUCAGGCUCAACAAGCAUCGGUGUCUGCCGGCCAUGGGCCGACGGAGGCUGGGAGUUGUUUUGUUUCCUCGCCUUUCCCCCGGAUAGUCGGUCGAAGUGGAGUCGGGGGAUCUGCUCGACCACAUACCGAGGGUGGUGGUAAAUGGCGGUUCCAUUUGGGGUAUAAGUGCCACGUUGAAGCCAUCGUGUCACUGAGGUCGGUUUUGAGUUUGGACUCGCUUUGA